AUGCCAGAUCGUCAAUUCAACCUCACUGUCCUAAUCUCAGGCAAUGGCUCAAACCUCCAAGCCCUCAUUGACGCAUGUGCAUCCGGCGCCCUCCCUAACACGCGCAUAACACAUGUUAUAUCAAAUCGCAAAGCAGCAUACGGUCUCGAACGCGCCAACAAAGCCUCGAUACCAACAACCUAUCACAAUCUCGUUUCCUACAAAAAGAAACACACAGACGACAAGGCCCGCGAGGAGUACGACGGCGAUCUUGCAAAAAUCAUUCUACAUGGGCAACACCCACGCCCUGACCUUAUCGUUUGCGCAGGUUGGAUGCACAUCGUCACCACUGCCUUCCUUUCACCCAUUGCCGAAGCCGGUAUCAAGAUAAUAAACCUACAUCCCGCUCUACCGGGGGAGUUUGCUGGUGCGAAAGCAAUCGAGCGUGCGUGGACGGCGGGUAAAGAGGACGGGUUGAAGAGAACUGGCGUUAUGAUACAUGAGGUCAUUGCGGAAGUUGAUGCUGGAGACGCGAUCGUUACACAAGAGGUAGAAUUGAAAGAGGGAGAGACACUGGAUGGUUUAGAGGAGAGGAUUCAUGCGGUUGAGCACGGGUUGAUUGUUGAGGGAACAAGAAGGGUGCUUGGGGGUUUGGGGAACAAAUCAUGA